AGUUGUUAGGGUCUCGGCGAACGAGCUAACAUUAGCUUUAUGGCAUAAUGUCGUUUGUCACGCAAGCACUAUUUAGCCUAUUAGUAGCUAGUAUUUUCAGUGACAUGAUUUGUGUCUAAUGUUAGCUAGAGAUCAUUGGCUGCAUUUCCAAUGUGUCCACCACAGCGUAGAUGUACUUAGCUUGUUACCUAGCUGUUGUCAAAGUUAGUGACUUCACCGGGUGUCUGGUUGCCUGAUCUCACAUUACGGACACGUCAAGGCCCCCAUCUGAAUCUUAAUUUUAGGGGCUGUAAUGUCAGAGCCCAAGACCCCCCCUCCAACCCCUGCUGGAGACACUUACAAAGGCUGGGUGUUCAAAUGGACAAAUUACAUUAAAGGAUACCAGCGACGGUGGUUUGUCCUGAGCAAUGGCUUGCUUUCCUACUACAGGACCCAGGCGGAGAUGGGGCACACUUGUCGAGGCACUAUCAACCUGGCCACGGCAACCAUCACUGUGGACGACGCUUGCAACUUUGUCAUCUCCAAUGGCGGGGCGCAGACGUACCAUCUGAAGGCCAGCUGUGAGGUGGAGAGGCAGCGUUGGAUCACUGCCUUGGAGCUGGCCAAAGCCAAGGCCGCACGAAUGCAGGCUGAGUCUGAUGACUCUGGGGAUGACUUUCCUCCAAACUCGCCGCGGGGACAAGUCGGUGGUGCCCAGAGCUUGGAGGUCCAGUCCACUCUCAGGACACUGGGCAGCAAGGUGGACGAUCUGAGCACAUGCAAUGACCUCAUCUCUAAACAUGGCUCCGCCCUGCAGAGGUCCUUGUCUGAGUUGGAUAGCUUGCGCCUCACCGGAGAGGCCGGAGAUAAGAUCCGGCAGGUGAUGGAGAGAGCCACGCUUUUCCGCAUCACCUCCAACGCCAUGAUCAACGCGUGCAGAGACUUUUUGGCUCUGGCCCAAGCCCACAGUAAGCGCUGGCAGAAGGCCCUGCAGGCAGAGCGGGACCAGAGGGUGCGACUUGAGGAAACUCUGGAGCAGUUGGCCAAGCAGCACAACCACCUGGAGAGGGCCUUCAAGAGCAACAACACUGCAGACAGCAAGGGUUCUGACACAGCCAAAGGAGAAGGGAGCGAUGAGGACGAUGACAAUGAGUUCUUUGACGCCAUGGAAGAGGCCCCUGAGUUCAUCACUGUGCCUGCAGACCCCCAGUUCCACAAAAGGUCAAGCAGUAAUGUCAGCGGCUUCAGCAGUGAAUUCUGUCCUGAUGAUCAGUCGCUUGACGAGCAGCAGCUAACAAUCAAUCCAGAGUCUCCUCAGUCCCAGGAGUUGGAGCCAGUGAGAAAGAGGCGCACCCAGAUCCCAGACAAGCCCAACUAUUCGCUCAACCUGUGGAGCAUUAUGAAGAACUGCAUUGGAAAGGAGCUGUCUAAGAUCCCCAUGCCUGUGAACUUCAAUGAGCCCAUCUCAAUGCUCCAGCGUCUCUCUGAGGACUUAGAAUACUAUGAGCUCCUGGACAAGGCAGCUAAAUGCCAGAGCUCUCUGGAGCAGCUGUGCUACGUGGCAGCAUUCUCUGUUUCCUCCUACUCUACUACAGUCCACCGCACCGGCAAACCCUUCAACCCCCUACUGGGGGAGACCUAUGAGCUGGACCGCCGGAGAGAGAGCGGCUACAGGUCACUGUGUGAACAGGUGAGUCACCAUCCCCCAGCAGCUGCGCAUCAUGUGUUCUCUGAUCGAGGCUGGAUCCUGAGGCAGGAAAUCGCUGUAUCCAGCAAGUUCAGGGGCAAAUACCUGUCAAUCAUGCCUUUAGGGACGAUCCAUGCCAUCUUUGAGAAGAGCAACAACCACUACACAUGGAAGAAGGUCACCACCACCGUGCACAACAUCAUAGUGGGAAAACUGUGGAUCGACCAGUCAGGAGAUAUUGAUGUGGUAAACCACGAGACGGGAGAUCGCUGCCAUUUGAAGUUUGCUCCUUACAGCUACUUCUCUAGAGAUGUGGCCAGGAAGGUGACGGGUGUGGUGAUGGAUAAGGAUGGGAAGGCCCAUUAUGUGCUGUCAGGGACCUGGGAUGAGAAGAUGGAGUUCUCCAGGGUCAUGCAGAGCAGCAAGGGAGAGAACGGCACCGAGGGCAAACAGAAGACUGUCUACCAGACGCUCAAGGCCAAGGAACUGUGGAGGAAAAACCCUCUGCCCGAGGGAGCAGAGACGAUGUACUUCUUCACCGACCUGGCACUGACGCUGAACGAGCCUGAGGAAGGCGUGGCGCCCACGGACAGCCGUCGACGACCCGACCAGAGGCUGAUGGAGGAGGGCCAGUGGGACGAGGCCAACGCCGAGAAACAGAAGCUGGAGGAGAAGCAGCGCAUUGUCCGCCGUGAGAGGGAACGGGAGGCCGCCAACCAGCGUACCGCCAGCGAGUCAGAGGAAGCUGUCAAUGAGGACUCUUUUACUGACCCUUCUCUGAAAAGCACUCACCAAGAUAACUACACGGCGCAGUGGUUUAAACGCUGCGAGGACCCCGCCACAGGUGAAUUCACUCACAUUUAUAAGGGAGGCUACUGGGAGGCCAAGGAGAAAGGCAGCUGGGAGUCCUGUCCCGAAAUAUACUGACCUCAUAAUGGCUGUCUUUAACUAGAAAGUUCCCCCGGAUGAAACCUACUUCAUUGGACCCUACCAAUGAACAGCUACCCUCCUCCCCUUGACUGGAUGUUUCACUCCACUGGCUCUCUGUUCUAAGAGAUCUAGAGGCUGCAGUCUGAUCCAAUAGGUGAACAGGGUAUUCCUAAGACUUGGUUCCAUUUUAGUCCCCAGCCCCUCUUUCCUCAGCCUCUACCCCCUCAGUGUUCACAGAUCUGAAGGGAAAUCCUAGGUGAAGGCAAUAUGGCGGAAACCUCACUCCUUCUAUAAGAGGGCUAGGUGGAGCCUUCAUCAUACUGUGUACUCCUAUCCAAUCCCUUCACAUUUGCAAAAAGUCGUAGGGUGUGAGGAAAAUAGACUAGAAACUGAAAUGGAACUGGGCAUAAGUUUUGAAUAAAAGUAAACUCUCUCCUCUCUGGCUUUGGCAUUAGUGGUGUGGGCCCAGAACAGAUGAGGUUAGAUUGACAGUGACACCUCUCCCUACCAUGUUGUGCCGAUAGCGCUUUCUGUGAAGCUAUACACUAAUGUUCCUCUGUUCAUCAAGAGCCUUGUGGUUGGGGGUAAACGUUUUUUUAUUAAAUGGAAUGAAACUCGGUUAAUAUAGUUAGUCAUUAAAACAGUGAUUGGUGGCCUUCAAGAAGUUGGAGAAGGUUUCUCCUUUUUCUUUUCUGUUGAUUAGGGUAUUUAACAAAUGCAUGUAUGAUUGCAUUUGUUCAUCCAUCGGAAGCUUUAUGAAACUCAUCGUUGUGCAUUACUGCCAUCAUGCAGUAUCAACACAAAUCAAGAAGUGGGUGCCCAGAAUACUGUAUGUCCCUUCUCUCAAAAAGUAGUUAAUGUACUGUAUCGGCUUUCUUACCAGGGCCUUGUUUUUCUCAUAGUCUAGUGUCAUGGAAAUUAUGAGAUGGUGAAAUUAACUUGUUUUUUUAUAGGGGUGCUCUUGGGUUGAAGUUGUUAGAAGUAGACCUCUUGUCUGGUUCUUGGCUGGCUCUCUUAGUGUCCUGUCAUCAAGAAAAGUUUCAAUUGAAGUUUCAUUUAACCUAGUAAAAAUGAGUAGCAUUACUUAAAAGCAUUUUCGCAGUUUAGGAACAGUGCUUUCUACCCACAGUGUGUAUUUGAUGGAAAAGAAUAGUAGCCAUGAGCUACACAUGGUAUUCGAAGUUGUUAAAAAUAGUUAUCAGGUAAAUGCUUUGUGUGUAUUUGUGUAGUUAAGAGAAUGCGGUGUAAGCAAGUCUGACAUCAGAGGUAAUCGAGGGGAAAUCAAUUCUGUGGUGAAGAACUGUCGCUCAACUGUAUACAUUUCUGUUCUGAAGAGUACAUAUGCAAGUGUUUUGACACCAAAAAAUAUGGGAUUUACUUUGUUUCAUAACAAUUUUGUUUAAGUGUACUUAAAAUGAAGAAUAAAUGAAGACUUUAAAACCAUUGCAAAUAACUGAUUUUAUAUAUGUAUAGAAAAUGGAUUACUAUAUAGUAAUUAUGAUAAUGUUAUGGUUGUUUUAUUUGGGUUUGGUGUUAUUUUUUUCCUUCUGUAUUAACUGAAGUGGAAUGUCUUCAUUUUCAUAAAAGGGAGAUCCCUUUCAAAACAGUAAUCAUCAUGUGUGUGAAAGGACAUAUGACACGUUUUUAAGAUAAAAUACAGAACAAUCUGUCUAAAUCAAUUACUACCAGUAUGUCAAACAGGUUGCUGUAAUGUGUUUUUCAUACUUUUGUCCCUCAUUUAUUUUGUUCUAUUUGCAAUAUUCUUCACUGUUAUUAAUUGGAUAACAAAAAAUGAAAGUUGAUUGCCAAAUCAAUUCAAUAGAAAAUAGUAUAUCUGUCUUGUUUAGUACAAGCUGUGCGACAUUGAUUACUUAAGAUUUUGACAAUUAAAUAAAAAAAAGUUACAUGAA